AUGAAAGAGAGGACUUCUGAAGACUCUAAAACGAUGGAAAAUACUGAUUCAGAAGUAGAGUCUGCUGCACAUUUACCAACUUUUGUCAAUGUCUCAAGUUUGGUGGAAUCAAUUGAGGGCAUAUGUAAUGAAGAAAACAUUGUUGAAAAACAGUUUCAGCAGCCAUCAGAUUCAACAGAGAAUGUAAACCAGAAACAAAACAGAUGCUCUGGUUUUCCAAAAGAAUUAAAAGCUAAGCUAAGUCUGAAUGAUAACUUUAAGCUGCAAGACGUUGAAAAAAAAUUUAUUCUGGAAAAAUUCAACAAAAAGCAAAACCCUACUGAAUGGAUAGAGAAAUUUGAAAAUGAAUGUAGAAGGCAUAAAAUACUGAAUCCUACUAAUGUCAUAGAAGCAUUACGCUUUUUUUUAUCUGGGUCACCGGAAGAUUGGUACGAAUCAAAUUUAAAAAAGAUCGGCUUAACUAAUUGGUCAGAAUGGAAAAAAUCCUUUCUGACCAUUUUUGCAGAUAGAGUCCCCAGCAGGCAGGCCUUAAGUGGUCAAGGGUUGCCAAGAAUCCCAGGGAAGUAUACAUUAGCGGAGGGAUGUUGCAAAAAAAUUCAGAAUGGCCCCUCUAUUGUACUUGGACUUGGAACGCUCAUUGUUGGAUCACUGACUGGCCGCAGCAUGAAAAUUGCAGAAAUGCUCGAGCGUAGAAGGAUUAACAUCUGCUGCCUUCAGGAGACUCGAUAG